UUAUCAUAUAUUUAAAUUAGUUUCUUAUAAUAUUUAAAAGAAAUAAAUGAAACAAAGUUUGCUUAGAAAUUUAAAGUAUUUUAUUAUACUCAGCUAUUUUACUGACUCUUGAUCUUUUAUUAAUAAUACGCUUGCAUUGCAUGUAUGUUCCGGGACUAAUUAAUGGGAUCACCGCUAGAAUCAUCAUGUAUCUAACAAUCUAACUAGCAAUUGAUAUUAUAAGUGUUACGUGACCGGUUGUUAAUUGAUAUUUUAAUUAUUUAAAUUGUAAAAUGUAAUUUGGUCCUUGGUAACGAGUUUUUUUACUGACCUAGAAGUAAUAAAAUGAUAAAAAAAAAAAAAAAAGAAAAGAAAAACAAAGUAAAGCAUGUAAGUUCAUUAAUAUGAAUAGAGUUGGCAAAGUUUGUGUACAUGAAGAUAUUAAUCGAUAUAUCAACAGGCCGUAGGACAUAUGUCUAUCUUUUUAACUUAUUUUAUUUUAUUUUUGUUGUUAUUAUCACUAUUAUUAUUGCUGUUUUAUUAUGUCGUCUGGCUUUCAAGUGUUUGUCAUGCUUUCAGUUAAGUGUCUUAGCUUAUUCAAUUCGCAUUAACUGUCAGUCUAUUUAGAUUUAACACCUUUUGUUUAUUUAUUUAUUUAUUUAUUUAAUUAGUUUUAUUAAUUAUUAGUUUUUUUUAAUUAAAUAUAUAAAAGCACGUUUAUGAAACUAAUGUGUAGUCGGGGAUUAUUUCGUAAACGAGGAAAUUGGAGUUAUGAAACUUUAACAAACAAUGUAGCACCUGGAGACGAACGAAGACCAAGGCAGGGUAGCGUUAAUGCUCAAUCAGCUCAGUUGUCAAAGCUGCCAUCAUCAGAAUCACUUACAGCUAACGUUAAUAUCACUGGUCCUCCGCUUUCCCCAGGUUUAUCAGCAAUGGGCGAGAGUACUCUAAAAAUCGAUAGUGUCACCGACAAGGCGGACGGUAAAUUAACGAGAAAGGAAUCAUACAAAGCGCAGCGUAAAAAUUAUCGUAUUGAAAAAAAACGUGUCGCAAAUGAAUUAUUGAGCUCAUUAAAAGAUCCCACGGUCGUUGUUAUGAGCGACUGGCUCAAAGUGCGCGGCACUUUGAAAAGUUGGACUAAACUCUGGUGUAUAUUGAAACCAGGUUUAUUACUACUCUACAAAAGUCCAAAGAUAAAGAGUAGUCACUGGGUCGGAACGGUAUUGCUGAAUACGUGUCAAGUAAUUGAACGACCAAGUAAAAAAGAUGGGUUUUGUUUUAAACUAUUUCAUCCACUCGAACAAUCUAUUUGGGCACCUAGAGGUCCUGAGAAAGAAGCUAUGAGAGCCGUUGUACAGCCGCUGCCUACAUCUCAUUUAAUAUUUCGCGCACCAUCGCAGGCUGCUGGUAAAUGUUGGCUCGACGCUUUAGAAUUAUCUUUACGCUGCUCUUCGCUUAUCGUCAGAUCUACUAGUAUUUUACCGCGAUCGCCGCAACAUGAUGCCACGACUACACACGAGACUCAGUGGAGUGAAGCUGAUUAUGAAAAACACUUUGAUGAUCAUGACCUGGACGACAUCAGUCAGCCUGAUAAUGGUGUCAAUGCUGAUGCGGAGAUCAGCGCCUCUGAUACUGAUUCCGACGGAUCUGUCAAGGAGGAAGAAGUCAAUAUUUGUGAGACUCCGUAUGUUACUAAUGAAAAUGAAUUUCUGGGAACGGCUGGUGAAGUUGUUGCUGAGCUACCAGAUGAACAAAAGUCGCUUAUCUGGUUUCUUCUUAAGCAAGUGAGGCCUGGUAUGGAUCUUUCUAAAGUUGUGCUGCCAACAUUUAUACUCGAGCCACGUUCAUUUUUGGAAAAACUCGCCGAUUCUUAUUAUCACGCCGAUUUACUUUCUCAAGCUGUAUUGGAAGAUGAUGCAUUUACACGGAUGAAAGGUGUAGUCAAAUGGUAUCUAUCUGGUUUUUAUAAGAAGCCCCAAGGUCUUAAGAAACCAUACAAUCCACUACUUGGUGAAACAUUUCGUUGUUAUUGGCAACAUCCCAAUGGCUCACGAACUUUUUAUCUCGCUGAACAAAUCUCACAUCAUCCACCAAUAUCUGGAUUUUACGUAACAAAUCGUCAGGACGGUUUUACAAUAAGUUCAACAAUUAGACCUAAAUCAAAAUUCUAUGGUAACUCAACGUCAGCUGUUUUGGAUGGUGCAGCUGUGCUUACGAUGCUUCCACGUGGCGAGGAUUACUCUAUGACUAUUCCCUAUGCUCAUUGCAAGGGAAUAGUUAUGGGUACCUUGUCCAUGGAACUCGGCGGCAAAAUAAAUAUUAUUUGUGAAAAAACUGGUUACCAUACGGAAAUUGAAUUUAAAUUAAAGCCAUUUUUGGGUGGUGCUGAACAAAUGAACCAAGUUGUUGGUCGAAUAAAGCUUGGGAAAGAAACACUGGCAACAAUAUCUGGUUACUGGGACGGACAGAUAAAUAUCGUUGACAAAAGAACUGGACAAGAGAGUAUUUUAUUUAGUUCAACGCCAGAAAUAAGACAAGCGCGUUUAAAAAAAUACACAGUCCCAAUCGAAUCACAGAACGAGUGGGAGAGUCAAAAAUUGUGGCUGGCAGUUACAUUGGCUAUCAAUCGCGAAGAUCAGAUCGCUGCCACCGAAGCUAAAACGGCCUUGGAAGAAGCUCAGCGUGAACGUGCCAAAGAGCGUCAAUUAAAUAAUCUUGAAUGGAUACCCAAAUAUUUUGUACAGGAUAUAAUAACAGGCAAUUGGAUUUAUCGGCAUGCAGACAUCAGACCAUGGGAUCCGCGUAAUGAUGUCGUUCAAUAUGAACAAGAUUACAUUGUACGGACAAAAACACGUCACAAGACUCCAAUAAUGCGUACCGGAAGUAUUGUCUCAUCAGAUCCACAAUCACAGAUGCCGUUAUUACAGGCGGAGUCACGCUCGUCGUUGUCUGUAUUGAAGUCAUCCAAGAGGCAGUUGUCUAAUAAUUUACCAUUAGUUGAAAAUGUUCAUGAUUCUGCAAGUUCUUCGGAAGCCAUUCAUUCAGAUUCGAGUCAAUCUGUUGGUAAAAGACGGCGUUAUACUGCUAGAAUGAUGCAUUCAAUAAAAGAAGUUGAAAGUCAAAUGAUAGAACAAGGAGAGAAAUUAAAUCGUAUCCAACGUUCUUUAGAGCAGCUUGCAAUCCGACAGCGAACCCAACGGGAGCAAAAUUCAAAUUCAAAUAUAUUAAGAAGUUCCAUAGAUACUAUUAUUGUUAUCGCCAUCGUAUUUUUCGUGCAGUACAUUAUUAAAUUUUUUAGCCACAGUAACAGUAAUACCAAAGAUUCAUGAUCCCAGAUAAAUCAACAGAAUUAAUAACUCCAAGAUUCCAUUACUAAUAAUAAAUUUUGGGCUUCUUAUAAAAAAUAAAAAAACAAACAAAUAAAAUAACUAAAAAGAUAUAUAUUAAAAUAAAUAAUAACGUGAUAUAGAUUAUUUAAUUGUAAUUAAAAUGACAAUGUACACUCUAAUCAGUCUUUAAAACUACGCACGACAUAUUUAUUAUUACAAUCAUGUUUCUUACUGUUCAUUUUUUUUUUUUUAGUUUAUUUUUUUUAAAAGAUAAAUUUAAUUGUACAUAUUGUUUAAUCUGUUAUUUUAUUUUAAAAAUAAUCUCAAAUAUAUUUAUAUUAAAGGUGUGCAAGCGAUCGAAUCGAAUUUUAACAAUUCGAAUUAUUUAUCAAUUUUUUAAAAUUGAUUUCGCUGGUUUCUAUCACACAUAAAUAUAACAUAGAAUACAUCAAGCAGAAAUAUUUUACACAUGAAAAGAACAAUGACGACACUGUCUGCUAUCCCGGAUUAUAUAAACUAAAAAAUUUUGAGUCCGGUGUGGUUUGAAUAAUUUGGUGUUAAAUUUUUCAACACUGGUGUGAAAGUUACACAACGCACGGUGUUAAAUUUUACAGUGUGUGAAUUAGAAUUCACACCAAUGGUGUAAAUGUAUAAGUUUUUUAUUUAAAAUUUUCUAUUACUUUGAAACUAAGUAUUAAAUUUUUAUCUAAAAAUUAUUUACAUCAAUAAUUAUUUCACUACCGCUCAAAAGUAUUUGGCCUCAGAAAAAGGUAUUUUGUAAAAGUUUGAAUAAAUAGAACGACUUCAUAAUUUUAAUCAUUUAUUAGCAAAUAAUUAGACAUAACAAUACGUAUUUUGCAGUAAGAUACAAACAAUUAAUUACAAAAAAUUUUUCACGACAGAUUAUAUUAUUAGACAAUAUUUGAGGUAAUAACACCGAAUGGUGUAAAACGAAACACUCAGCGCUUGAUAUUUCACACCAAAAAACUUUCACACUGAAUAGACUGUUAAGUCCUCGCUUUUUUAAAAUAAAUGAAAAGUACUUCAAUCAGGGAAUAUUUACUGCAUAAAUAUAGUCCCGUGUAUCACUGAGCCAAUCAGUGAUAUAUUGGGACGUUCGUAGUGAAUAUUCACUGAUUGCAGUACUUUUCACUGAUCCAUUUUCAAAGAUUAUACUGGUUAUCCUACCCAUACAGAAAAAUAUAUAUCCAGGAAUAUAUGCCGGUAAAAUAGUAUGCAUACGACAAUACUAAAGAUAUAAGACGGGUAUAUAUUUUUUCGUAUGGGUAGAUAGUAACCACACAUCUGGAUCAUGCGCAGUUCUAUGUCAGAUUUAACUCAGUUAUCUGCGAUGUAACUGAGUUAAAUCUGGGAUAGAACUCAGUAAAAUCCAGAUGUCAGUAGUUACUAUCUAGGAUAGCAAUCAGUAUAAUCUGAGAUGUAACUAAGUUACAUUUGGGAUAGAACUGAGUAUAAAUCAAAUGAAACUCAGUACAAUCUACACAAUACUAGGUACUAUCUGAAAUUUUUUUUACAUCAGAUGUAACUGAGUACUGUUAAAAAUUUAUAGUGUUAAAAUGGUCCCCGUUCUUUGAAAAUGAAUCAGUGAAAAGUACUGCAAUCAGUGAAUAUUCAUUACGAACAUCCUAAUAUAUCACUGAUUGACUCAGUGAUACACGGGACUAUAUUUAUGCAGUCAGUACAAUCUACAGUGCUGAGUACUAUAUAAAAUGUUUUUUUUACCUCAGAUGUAAUUAAGUAUAGUCCGGGAUCAAGUGCGAAUUGUAUAGACUUGAUUAUUAUUUUGCUAAUUGUUAUUUUUUUGUAAUUAAUUUUGAAAAACAAAUCCGAAAAUUGUUCAUUGUUAAUUUCAGGAUAAUAAAAAAAAAACAUCUCAUAUUUGUGAAAAAGGUUUUUGUUCAUACAGUCGAUAUAUAUAUUUAUUAUAUUUAAUUUAUGAAGUCAAUUUUUGUUUUAAUAGAGACCGGUCCGAAUUAUUAAUAAAUUUUCAAAUUAUUCGAUUAAAAUUGCGAACCUCAUCUGUGAAAAUAUUCGAACUUUUGAUUAAUUUGAAAAUUUUUAAUUAUUUUGUAAAUCGAUUAUUAAAAUUCGAUUCGAUAAAAAAUCCAUGAGUUCAAAUUAAUUACACACCUCUAAUUUAUAUAUAUUAUACAAAUAUAUGUGUAAUACAUGUAUAAACAUAUUUAAAAAAAUGAAUAAUUAAGUUGUCAAUCAAAAUCAGAAAUUGUUGGACAAUUAUCAUUUAUUUAUGUAAUUAUUAAUUAAUAAUUUUUUUACGUUGUGGGUUACUGCAGUUACAUUAUUUAAUAUACAGAAAUAUAUAUAUUUAAAUAUAAAUAUAAACACUUAAAUCGUUUAUAUUAAUAUAUAACGAUAGUAAGCACUGAAUAAAAAUAUAUUUGUUAUGAAUUAAAGAAUUAAAAAAAUAUAUAAAUAAUAUAAUAUUAAAUAUUUGUCAUUUAUAAGAAAUUUAUAAGUGAAUAUUGUUAUUAGAGCCUAUAAAUUUAAUUAAUUGUUUUAUUUUAUUUUAAUUUUUUUAUUGAUCUAUUUGUGCAAAGCCGCAGUCUCUAUUUUUGGUGAUGGAAAAUUUUUUAAAAACUUAAAUACUUAAAAUUUACUAGUUUAAAUUAAAAUAAAUUGUUAUUUAAAUAUAUAAUUAUCAAUAUUCUGUACAAUUAUUAACAUUAAUUUUUUUUAUCAAAAAUAUAAGAGCUGCAUAAAUAAAUAAAAUAUUCGAAUCGGUAGAUUUUAUUGGCUUACAUUUAUUAGAACAAGGGUAUUGUGGAAUUAAUUAUAAAUAAAUUGUAAUUGUUUUUCUUUUCUAAUUAAAAAUAGAUUACAACGAAAAUUAAUAUAUAAAUUAAUAGGACAUCCUGUUGUGUGUUGAUUAAAUUAUGGGAUUGCUUAUUAGACCAAACGUACGUGCAUUCCAAUGUAUACACUGUAAAAAAAUCAGAAGUAAAUCGAAGUGACAGAUUUUAUUUAAAUCCAAAUUCACUCGGAGUUCUGGAGUUUGAAAAAAAUCCCUUCGCAUACGGAGUAAAUUCCCAAGUGGCACAAAAAAAAAUUGUUGACUUUUUGUUAAAUUUAGUGCGGCAGUUAAUUAUCAUGCGACUAAUUGUUAACUUUAAUUCAACAAUUUUUUUUGUACCGCUUAAGUAAGAAGUUUUUUUUUUCCAGCUGAGUGAUCUGGAUUUUAUUUAAAUCCGUAUUUAAUUAAAUUCGAAGUUUUUGGAUUAAAAUAAACUUGUUUUAAAAGUGAAUUUUACUGCGAACUGGAGUUUCAAUAUUAGAAUUAACUCCUCUUCGGAGUAAACUUUACUUAGAGAAGAUAAAAUGAAUAGUCAUCUAUUUAUUUACGGAUUAUCUACGGAUGUAAUCUGCGUUCACUCUUAAAAUUUUUUACAGUGUAACGUCCAAUUUAUAAUUAUUAUUAAUUCUUGAUAAUUUGUCUAAUUUACGUUAUUGAAAUUUAUGUGAGCAAUAUUUUAAUUUGUUUUUGUAUAUUGACUUUUAAAUUAUUUGAAUAAAAAAAAGUUGAUAAAUUAAGUGAU